AUGGCUGAAGAAGAAAGCGUGACAAUCUCAGUUAAGCUGAAGGUAUUAUACACCUUCGAUGUCGAACACAAGGUCGACCACCUUUCUCGACCAGCUCAGUCAUAUCAAGUCGAUACCGCAGCUGUUGACGAGAACACGACCAUUGGUGUCAUCGACUUGCGAUCAUGUAUCGACGCUAUGAUUACCUCGAGUCCGGAGCUCACCCACUUCCUCGAAAACGACUACACUGUCUACGUCUACGACUAUUCCGAACCGAAUAUACCGCUCGUUGGUCAUGGAAUGUUGUCGAAGGUUCUGUCGCAGGACGCUGGCUCGAAUGAAGCUAUGGUCACUGGCAAGAUCACAAAGUCGGUCAUGGCUAAAUUCAAGAAGGAUGUCGAACCAUUCCUAGAGGUCAAGCUGAAACUCACACCCAUUGCUUCAUCUUCUUCGAGAGGCAGAUCUGGAAGUAUGAGCAGUGUUCAAGACGGAAUGCAGAGCCAGUGGUCAAGUUUUUCACAGGCCGGUCCAGCUGCGAUGGACAGAUCACAGUCUCCGGCGGAUCAGUCACGACUGGACAACCUGCACCGAACUUUACACGAAGGCAGUCAACGUCGUGACAGUGCCUACAAUAACUCAUACUCAUGGGGCUCAUCAUGGUCGUCCUCGCGUCCUACCACUCCAACACAGCAGUACCAACCACCUCAGCUGGUGUCCUAUCACUCAAGACAACAGUCCCAAAUCGCAAAUUAUGGAAUGCACCCAAUCAUCCGACGAGGAUCUGAGUCAGGUUAUGGUUCCGGAGAUGAGGUAGAGGAAGGUCCUGCUAAGAAACGUGCUCGUAUCACAAAGGUGCAAGCCACAAAGAAGAACGACUUCAAUAUCGAACAACGACCUAAUUCUUUACGAACUGCUGCUAUGGGCGCUUCGAGCUUGAGACUACACCAACCUAUUGCCAUCAACCCGGCUGUAGCCCUCCAACGAGGCAUGUCAACAGAAGAACCCGUGAGACCACCAACUCCCAUCGUAGCGCCUGUCCGCAGAGCUGGUCGCAAACCGACAGGUCGACCCAGAGGAAGACCAAGGAAAAAUAGAGAGACUUCCGGUGAGCCAUCUUCGCCUGUGCAGCCACCUGUUCAGCCACGACUACCAGGUUCAAAUGUAUCUUCUCCGGAAGAUACUCAAGAUCGUCAGCCUGAUGCAAGCAUAGCAGGAUCUCCAGCACACUUGACUUCCUCGCCUCCUUUCCUACCACCACAAAUGAACGCUGUCAAGAGUCCCGAGUUGCCCAAAAAACCAGCCCCGCCUGUACAUGUCCCAGACAGUCACGACUCAGGCUUUUUCAGUGCUCAGGUAGAAAGUACUCAAGCCGAAGCUGAUACUCCCAAGCAGGAGAAUGCGAUAGACAUGGAUGCUCUUUUCACAGAUAUUGAUGUCAACGACUACGGUGAUCUGUCAUGGUUAGAUGCUGUGGACAGCACAGCUCUAGACGCAGGUAUGCACUUCGACAGCAUUGGUGUGGACAACCACUACACACCUGUAUUUGAUGAGGAAAGCACCGUUGGGAUCCCAACGCCUCAGCCUGAAUCUCAAGCAGGAACAAAGCCAAUUCCCACUCCGCAGCCAGAGCCUCAACAGCCGACAGAAGCUGUUACCUCACAACAGGCUCCGCCGCAAACGAUACCUACACCCACUCUCCAGCUCUCAUCCAAAGUGUUGAGUCAGCCUCAACCGGAACCACCACCAACGGACUCAACUGAUUUCCAGAAACCUGCUCUUCCAACUUCGUCUAUCCAUCCACCGACCGUGCCCACGGACAAGAACGGUCGUCCCGUUCCCACACUGUUGCCGAGACCUCGACCACUGAGGGACAUUCAGCGAUCUCAGAGCACGUUACCUCCAGUGCCGGCCAGUGAUCCGGGCUUGAGACCACUGUGUCGCUCAAACACAUGUGGUCCUGAACUCAUGAGCGAUGCAAUACAAUCAGACGCGCCGGCUGACAACAAAGAUGGCAAGAAACCACCCCGGAAACGCAUUGGUAAGGAACAGACCAAGGCCCGCCUUGAGCAAGCAUUAGCUUCUGGUGCUAUGCCACCCUAUUGCCACAAUUGCGGGGCCAUCGAAACACCAGCCUGGAGAAGAGCAUACAUCAAGCACUUUGAGUGUCCCAUCAAUGAAGUAGACACUUCACUCAACCAAGGUGAACUAUGCUACAAAGAAGUCUUGCAGUCCGAUUCCGACGGUUCAGUCAAAUCGUGGAGGGGCUGGAAAGUGGACAAGACUCAAGGUCAGCCUGAAGACGGAUGGGAGCUGAUUAAUCUGUGUAAUCCUUGUGGUUUAUGGUUACACAAAACAAAGACAGUACGACCACCCGAGAAAUGGCAGAAAAAAGACCCAAAAGAGAAGAGGAAGAGAAAGAGGCCACCAAAGCCGCCGAAAUCCAGAACGAAUCCUCCUCGUGCAGCAGCUGGCAAUCUAUACAGUGACGCCCUGCAAAGCGAUGUACAAGAGCCAGAUAGUGAAGACUCUUCACCAGCUGAUACUGCAAUGGAGGAUGCAGGGGAUGACAACAACGACACUGCCACGAUAGAUGGCGAAAAUAAUGAGGCAGAUCAAGAACCUGAACUUCCACCUUUACCUAAAGCUGUGAUGAGCGUGCAACUUGGCAGUAGAACUGUCAAGUGGGCUGACGUCUCUGACAGGCAAGCUCAAUCUAGUCCAGUUGGCAGAGGAACUAUUGAUGAGCCGAUUAAUAUUGACCGAACACCUGACAAGCCUCUCAGACGGAGGUUGUUUUCACCAAAUACCCUGGUCCGUGAGGAAGACACGGCUUUACCUUCCGUUCUUGGUGAGAAGAAAAACACAUCGUUGUUACCAUCGUUUGUCCGAAGAAGUCCUCGCAUUAACAACAUUCGAGACAUCUUUGAUGAGAAUCAGGCGUCCGCCACUGUUUCAGUAGAUGCAGUCAAUGGGACAGGUAAAGAGAACGUCGCACCACUCGCCACGCCAGGCAACUAUAUUGACGACUUCAUUGAACUCUUUGGAGAUAAUGACGAGGUCAUCUUGCCUCCUGCUACACCGACGCCUAGAAGGCGCUCAGAGCGCAUCCUGCUACGAACCCCUGGCAAGACACCGAGUCGUGAGUUAGAUGAAGAACUUUCUAUCAACGUGCAAUUAUCGUCCAGUUCAACAAAAACACCGAAGCAAGGUUUCAAGGAUGUGGCUGAGUUGUUCAUGGAUACCAUCACUCGGAAUCUUGACCCCAAAUUCAUGACACCCAACACUCGUGCAGUACAUAAAGCUUGCUACGGCAGUGGGUCACCAACACCUCGUCGUGUGCCUGCAAACACUGGCUUUACACCGAGACACAACACACCAGGUCGAGCAUCACUCGAUUUUAACUUUCCAGAUUUGCCGUCCCUAAAAACAUCGUCGCCAAUGUCGCACGAUGCUCUGAGCUAUGGACUACCCGAAUUAUCAACGGAUACGUUGCAUGUGGAUAUAGAAGAAUUGCUCACUACUGAUGUACAUAUGCCUAGUUCGCCACCCGUCAGUGGUUCUGCCCGUUGGAAUUUCGAUCAUGAGGAUGACUUUGGUGGCAUGGUCAGGUUUGAAGAGUCUGACGACGCAGACACUGAUGCAGAUAUUCCUACACAGGGCACAUCGUCCUUGCUGAAAACACCCAGAAAACAGACUGGUACAGGCAUGCUUGAGGUUGCGACGCCUAGCUCGGCAGGGUUGAGGCGUAGUCCUAGACAUCUUGGUCGCGAUUGA